AUGUCGUCGAGCGGCACCCUCAGUAACUACUAUGUCGAUUCGCUCAUAGGCCACGACAGCGAAUCCCCCUCAGGUGUGGGGGCCGAGGGCUCGGAUUUCGCCUCCUGCAGCUUCGCGCCCAAGUCCGCCGCCGUCUUCUCCGCCUCGUGGUCGGCCGUCCACCCGCAGCCGUCGGCGCCCAUGCCGGGUAUCUACCACCCGUACAUGCCCCAGCCACACUUAGGGGGGGAGAACGGCGGCGGCGGCGGCAGAUACGUGCGCUCCUGGAUCGAGCCCUUCGCCUCUUUCCCCAGCAGCCCGAGCGGCGGCGGCGGCCCCAGCGUUCACGCCUCCGCUGCUGCUGCUGCUGCCGGCUCGGCUGCGGCUACCCUCGCGCCCGCCAGCGUCGGCGGCGGCGGCAACGGGACCCACUCGGCCAAACCAGCCUCCGGUUGCAGCCGCAACCCGAGCCCGAGCAGCGAUCUGAAGGAGGAGAAGCAGCAGCAGCAACUUGACCCAAAUAAUCCUGCGGCAAACUGGAUUCACGCUCGUUCCACGAGGAAAAAGCGUUGCCCUUACACAAAAUUUCAAACCCUGGAACUGGAAAAAGAAUUCCUCUUUAAUAUGUACCUGACCCGCGAUCGCCGUUAUGAAGUGGCUAGGAUUUUAAACCUCACAGAGAGACAGGUCAAAAUAUGGUUUCAGAACCGAAGAAUGAAAAUGAAAAAGAUGAACAAGGAGAAAGGCAAUAAAGGGGACUAGCGCCUUGGAAGGGAGAUGUGUGUACGCGUGUUUGCGGAAGAUUACCGGGAUUUCUCUUCAAACACAGAGACGCAAAAAUAUAGAUAUUAAUUGUUGUUAACAUCAUUACGCGCCCAGGUGCAUCGAUUCAGAACUUUCAAGCGAUCAGGAUUCGGUUUUGCUUUGUUUAGGUAGCAGUAAAUGUGGUCUGUGUCAGGUAUUUCGGAGAGGAAAGGGGUGGGUGGGUAAGGGAGUCCUUAUCUCGCUGGACAAGGGGUUUCCGGAACUUACUUCUUUCCCCUCACCUUCCCUUUUGGUUUUAAGAAUAUUGUGAGUGCGCAUUAGUUUUUGGGAACUUUCUCAAUAUUAAUUGUUGGACAUGCUUCUUCCAAGUGACCUAGUCUAGAGAAACAGAGAAUGAAAGGGAGCCAGUCUCUCACCCCUCACCCCCUCACACAAACACACAAACCUACAGGCAAAAGCGAGAAACAAGCCGGCAAUAUUGAACUUUAACGAUAAUUUAAUGUUAACAGCACGUUGACCCAGACUUCCUAAAAGAAAGCAAAUCAAAUCAAAGCAAGACGAAGCAAAAGACGCUAUCCGUUUCCCUCCUCCCGUAGGUUUCCUUUUGCAAGAGGUGACCCACACGGAGACUUAGCCGAGCGUAGUCUUGGAAAUCUGUGUUUUCCUUCUCCGGCGGAAAGUCUCGAAAGGAGCCCUUGAAACGGCCUUAAUUUCCACAGGCCCAAAGUUCUUGCAGUUUCACCGCUGGGAAUGCCACUCCAUGCCUUUUUGAAGGGCUUCCUCUUUUUGGGGAGGGAGGUUGAUUAUUUUUUGUAAUUAUCAUUGCCUAUAUAAUUCACUGAUCGAGUGAAAAUCUCCACGUUUGGGAGGCGGAGCGGGAGGGAAGGAGAAGAGAGAAGGGAAAACGAGGGGGAGAAGGCCGUCCUCCGUGUGUGUCUGUUUGUCUCUGUGCUUGCCUUUGACUUCUCUUUGUCAGGUGGAAAUAAAACAGGGCGCCUAGAUCCAUCGCCCAGACUUCCCUACAACGUUCAGGUUCGGCCGUGUUUUUUUUCUCCAAGAGACCCACAGUUGUUGCUGUUUUUGUGCGGGGGGGGGAUAGUAGUGUGAGAGAGCAAAACGAUUUCUAAGCUCAAGAACCCCUCGUCCACCACAGAACCGAAAGUGGACGCUCUCUUCCGCCGCGGUACCAGCUGGGCCCAAAUCAAGAAGGAUUUCAGAAGAUCCCCACCUCACCCCGUUUAUUGCCGGAUCCCUCCCACCAGCUUCCUACCCCCGAUAUAUUUCAUAUUUGAACCUGACUGGCCUGCACAUCCUCAGCCGCGGAACAAAAGGGAACGGAUCGACAGGAAGGCUCGCUCUCUGCGGAAAUCAGGCGGUGAGGCUUAAUCGCUGGUCUGAGCUCGUAGCCUGUGACCUUUCCUUCUUAGAAGGACGUCCCCGCUUUUGCUUUGCAACUGCGGGGAGUGAGCUGCCCUUAAGUUUACGGCCCUUUCGUGGUGCUUGAAGGUUUGCUGCCUUCCUUUUUAAAACAAACAGACAAAAUAAAUAAAACGAAACAUUCGGAUGGUUCAUCUAGUAAUGUCCUCUGGUUGAUACGCCGGGGAGGAAAAGGCUGGAAACGAACCAAGGAAUCCACAGAGGGGGUUGGAACUGAUUCAUAAUUAUUUGAACGGCGGGAUC